AGGCUUAUGUGAAUCUGGGAGCCGCGUUGAUUUCGGUCGGACGGGGCACUGAUGCAGCUGCGGUUUUGCGCGCCGGUGCAUCCUUGGAUGGCUCCGGUUUGAAGGACAAAAGGGCUCACGAGGCGGCCAGGGUGCAGGCCCUCCUUCAAUUAGGCGCGCUGUAUGCCGAUCAGGGUAGAUUACAAAGAGCUCUGUCGGCAUAUAGGGAAGCCCUGCGUGCCCUACCGGAUCACUAUCCACCUCAGAGCGUGUACAAUCUGUUAGGCGAGACGCUGUCGAGGCUGCAACAGUAUGCGGAAGCGGAGAGGUGGUUUCAGGCGAGUUUGGCCAGCCAGCCUGACCACGUGCCGGCCCACAUCACUUACGGGAAACUUUUGGCACGGAACUCGAGCCGUGUCCUGGAAGCGGAGAGAUGGUUCCUGAGGGCCCGCAGAUUGGCACCGGAUGACCCCAGUGUGCACCAUCAUUACGGGUUAUUCCUGACGUCGCAGGGUCGACUGGUAGAGGCUGCCGAAGAGCAGCUACGAGCAGCCGAGCUGUUACGGUCCGAUUAUGAGUUGUCGGUCGCGGCGGCCUCGGCGCUGAGGCAGGCCGAUCGUCGCGAUGAGGCCGAGGUCUGGUAUCGACACGCGGCCAAUCUAAGGCCGCACGAAGCCCGCAGUCAUACGAAUCUCGGCGCAAUCCUACAUCUGAACGGCAAGUACAAGCAAGCCGCCGCGGCUUACAAGGAGGCUCUCAGGUUGCAGCCGGGCGACGCGACGACCAUAACGAAUCUGCACAAACUAGCGGCAAUCUUGGCGUGACCUGAAGAAGCCGAAGGUGAUGGCGAUGAAAGAAAGCAAGGACGGAGAGAUGAUAAGAAAGACGAUAGUGUGUACUAUACGAUCCCGCGCGACGAACAGGAUCCCAUCUUACCGAUCUUAUCGUGUAUCCCGAGAUCCCCUACCGGCCCGAUCUUCCUACUGAUAUUUGUUUAUAUCUCUGCGUCGUCGGUGACGCGCGCAUUGUCGUUUGCAUCAACAAUGCGCGGCCGACUCGUAUCGCCUGCUAUGGUAUGUAAAGAAUAAAGCUUCCUUUAUUUUUCUCUA